GAGUGCUGACGUGGCUGUACCAGAGCUCCGCCUGCCGCCGGCGCCUGAGAGUUUCUCGAAUCCCAUCCUCCAGUACACAACUGAUCUGACACGUGGGUAUUCCGUGUGAUCUAACGCGCGCAACACUUCGUCUACGGUACUCAGCUGCUGACUCAGCAGCGGGCUGCUUUCUCUCUCCGUUUGUCCAUGCUCUCUUAGGGAGAGAGAGCCGCAGCAGGCGGCGUUGCCACGCCAGAUCUCCGCUCACUUGCCAUAUCAUUCUUCUCGAUUGCACUGGGGAACACCUGUGCCGCGCCGCAACUCCGUCGCAUCAUUGACGCGCUGAGGAGGAAGUAACCUCUCUCCAAACGGUUGGAUCCCGUUGAUGCUGAUCGUUGAUCAUGGAAAUCCACGGUCGGGAAGAUUACCAGCCCUUGUCUUAUUUGAGUUGUGUUGUUGGGCUUCUACCGGUAGUUUCGGCGGAAAGAAGAACCAACUAAUUAGUCAACUAACUAAUUAGCUAGUGACCGGCUGAGCGUGUGGAGGUGAGCGGGCGGGCGGGCAGGCGGGCGGUAACACGCUGAAACUGCCAAUUUUAAAUCCACCGCCGACGUGAAUUCUCAAGACCGUCGCCAAUAAUAAAAAAAAGAAAAUCGGCGGCAGCGCUCUGCGAACGGCGGCAAACGACACGUAGGAGCAACCGUCGCCCGACGUCUAGCGCGGGAAAUGGAAGAGCCGCAGGUAUCACCCCACGAUGGAGGGGGGGUGAGGGGAAUGGGAGGAGGUGGUGGUGGGGGUACGAUGAGAGAGACACAGGGGGGUGGGGUGGGAAUGCAGAAGUCGCUAGGGCGCGUCGGAGGAGGAGGACAAGCUGGUAAUGACACGUGGCAAGGCUCCUCUGCUUUGCGUUUGUCCUCGUCGCUCUCACCCUCACAGCUUCCAGCCUUUGCGCCCCUCAAUGCCACCUCAUCAUCCGGCUUGCAACGGACAGCUCAGCAGCAACCAGCUGCUGGCAAUCAGCAGCAGCAGCCGCCACGUGGCUCCGGCGGCGGAUUCGACCACCCAAUCAAAGGCGCGAAGCACGCUGUGGGUAUCGACAGGAUCACUAAUCAACCCGCCACCGACGAAUGGGAUCGGGAUCGGGCGCCUCAGAUUGGCGAUCAGCAGAUGGCUGCUAGCAAGCCGGCGGGAGGAGAUCAACGACAGGAUCUUGGAGAUCUUCAAGACGCAAGGUCGAAGCUUCUGGCGAGGGUUCAAAACCUGAAAACAGAUCUGCAAGAAUGGAGGGGUAAGCUGGACUCACAGGUGCGCACUUACAGGCAGGAACUAGGAGAUCUACGCAACUCGUUAAAUACGGAGGUAGAGCAAUUGAGAGCAGAGUUCAGACAGUUGAGAGCGACGCUUCGAAAGCAACUAGAAACGACUGCCAAGCUGGCGGCCAGUAGGGGGGAGGAGGAAUGGGGCGUAGUGGGAGAAGAAGAGAGACACCAGGGAACGUUAUCUACGCAUCUUCAAGAAGAGUACCGGCUGCCCACGAAGGAGAAUUAGCGAUGGCGGCGACUAGGGAGGAGCCAGUAGGGAGGCAGAGGAGGAGGAGGAAUUGGGAGAAGAAGAGAGACUCCCGCGGACAUCUAGAAGUCUCCAAGAAGAAGAGAAAUCGGUUGCCCACGAAGGAGAAUCAGCGAUGGCGGCGACUACGGAGCAGCAAGUAGGGAGGAGGAAGAGGAGGAAUUGGGAGAAGAAGAGAGACAACAACCAACAUCUAGAAGAGUCUUCAAGUAGAAGAGUAAUCUGUUGCCCUCGAAGGAGAAUUAGUGAGAUAAUAGUUUUCUGCGUUUGUUUUUGUUUUUGUGCUAUCUAAUUUAUGUACGUUUUAUUUCUUCAUUACGUAUAAUAUCAAGUUUCCGUUUUUUGUUAUGUUAUCUGCACUUGCGUAACGUUACCGUCAAAUGUUUAUUAUCAUUGACAUAUCUAUAUAUAUCGUCAAAUAGGACUGCCCGGUAAACCGUAGGCAGAGAGGGAGAAGAGGACAACAAACGAGGGGCUGUGACAAACUGUUUCGUCGGAGUUUCACAUAUAUGUAUCGUCAUAUAUGUGUGUGCAUAUAUGUAUAUAUUGUCAAACAGAGCUGCCAAGGUAAAUCGUAGGCAGAAAGGGAGAAGAGGACAACAAACGAGGGGUACCUGCAGGAGAAAGAGGAGCUGUACAUGUAGCCCAUGUGGCUGCAUGUUAGACACAUGUAACCGUUAGUAAGCAGAAUGCGAGU